AUGUCCCCCGCCAAGGCUUGCUGCAGCGCUGACUCCGAGAUUACGGUGUUGUUUGUGCGGUCAAAAAAGCGGUGGCAACCGACCGACUUCAUUCACCAGGUCUGCAAGGCGAGCGACCUCAAGUACCUACGCCAUGCAGACGUCAACUUGCGCGAUGCCCAGUCGCCUCGGAAGAUCAAGUGUUACACGGAGUACACAGCCCUCCCACGCAUCCAGCGUCUGCUCCCGCAACUAGAGCAGGGUGAAUUCCAUGCGCUUGUCUUCGAGGGCGUCGCGGCGGUCGAUUACUGCCAGGAUCUAUGCGAUGAGCCGCCUUCACGGCUAUGCGAACGCUACGACUUCCUCGGCUCUAGUCCCUCUGAGUUUGAUGCGCUGGAGGAUAUCUUCAUCUUCUUCAACUCGGUGGUUUCCCAGCCGGAUUGUCCUCUGUGGAUCCUUAAGUUAUAUUGCAAGCACCGGCCAGAGGACCUACCUCCGUCGCGUCGUACAACGGAGCUGAAGUAUGGCAUGCGUGAACAUGAGCUUCUCUCGACCAUGCCAUCGCUCGGCUAUCGUCCCAACAAGCGUGGCUCUCUGCAGCGGGCGUCCUCGUACAAGCGCAAAAGCAUGAUGAUGCUCGGGACAAUCAGCGGCCUCUUGACCAAGCGCCGAAGCACCAUAGUCGAAAUCGAGCCUCCGAGUCCCGUAUCGGAAGGUGACUAUUGCGACUGA